GGAGGGGGGGGGUGUCGGAAGCGCCCGCCAUACGCAACCACGUGUUGGUUUCACCAAGGGGAGGGGUGUGUGGCGCGAGGAGGGAUGCAGAGGAUGGAAGAUAAAGAUGAUCAGCUGCAAAAUAUUCCUGGAGAUAACCAGAACUUAACAGAAAUCAAAUCUGGACGAACGUCAGAGUUAGACAGUAGAGAAGAUUUUGAGAUCCUGCAAGAUGUUGAUGACGGAAUGGAUGAUCUCCCACCUUUAGAAGAUACAGUAGGGCGAAAGAUAGAAAGCACCCAGGCAAAAGCAGCUGUUACAAACACCACUCAGCCCCAAGAAGAAUGGCUGGAUGUUUUAGGGAAUGGCCAACUGAGAAAGAAGAUUUUAGAAACUGGAUUUGGUCCUGACAGCAAACCUCAAAGAGGUCAAAAUGUUACCAUUAAUCUCAAAAUCAAUCUGACUGAUGGCUGCAAAGUAGAGGAGUCAAACUUAUCUUUUACUCUUGGCGAUGGUGAUGUUUUUCAGGCACUGGAUCUCUCUGUACAGCUGAUGGAGAUGGGUGAAAAGGCCCUGAUUGAAGCAGGACACAAAUAUGCAUUUGGGGCAUUAGGAAGUUCUAAUCCUGUUGUACCUCCCAAUGCUGAUUUAAUUCUUGAGGUGCAUUUGCUGUCUGCUGUUGAUGCCCCCGACCUGGAGCUUCUGUCUCCCUCCAAAAGAAUGAACAUGGCAAGCAAGAAAAGAGAACGGGGCAACUACUACUACCAGCAUGGAAAUUAUGCUUUUGCUGUCAACUCCUAUGGCAUUGCCCUGCAGAUAACAGAAACAAGUUCAAAAGUUGACAUAACCCCACAGGAAGAGGAAGAGUUGAUGGAUGUAAAAGUAAAAUGUCUAAACAACAUGGCUGCUGCUCAGCUCAAGAUGGACCAUUAUGAUGCUGCACUGCGUUCCUGUGUCUCUGUCUUAGCUUACCAGCCAGACAACAUCAAAGCUUUGUUUCGUCAGGGCAAGGUACUGUCUCUACAAGGAGAGUAUGCUGAAGCAAUUCGAGUUUUAAAAAGAGCUUUACAGAUGGAGCCAAGUAACAAGACCAUCCAUGCAGAGCUGUCCAAACUGGUAAAGAAACACUCAGUGCAGAAGGGAGCAGAGCAGGCAAUGUACAAGAAGAUGCUUGGAAACCCACCUGACAUUAACACUUUACAGAAACCAAGGACAAAGUCAUCAUGGACUGUCAGUUGGAAAUGGUUGUUUGGCGCCACUGCUGUUGCUAUUGGAGGUGUAGCUUUGUCAGUUGUCAUCGCUGCUAGAAAUUAAGUAGACAGAAUCUGUGCAUUCAGAAGUCUGCUGUUUUUUUAAGCUUUCCUAAAGUAGCUUGUUUUGAUGAUAAAUUAAAGGGAGUAUUUAUUUAUAUAGCAUUCCUUUGCAUUUAGAUGCAAUUGUCAAACUGUAUAUGCAUUUUUUCAUUGCAUGAAAGAUUUCUGAAUUGUGUAUGUACUAUAUAUAACCUUAAAUCCGAAAUGGGUUGAGACAUUAUAAAAAAAAUGCAGUGGUUUCUUACAUUUACUUUGAGUUUUAUUUCACUGCAGACCGUAUUAACCCAAGAUAUUUAAUGUUUUGUCUGGUAAAAAUAAUUGUAUUUUUUUAAAUACAUACAUUCCUGCAUUUUAGGUCUGCAACACAUUACAAAAAAGACUAAAUAAAACUAAAUAAUUCUAUGAUUUCACAGUUAAUGUUAACAAGUGAUUGUAGUGGUACAAAAACUGUAUUGACUAAAGGCUCAUGAGGAGCAAAGAUAAGCAGAUAUCCAGUUUGUCAACAAAUAGAUGAGAAAUGUAUUGAAAUGUUCAAAAGCUCCUCUUAGAAAGAUUGGAUGGGAUUUGCAUAUUUCUACCUCUACAGUGCAAUAAUAUCAUGAAUCUGGAGGAAUUUCAGUGCAUUAAGGACAAGAGCACAAGCCUAAGCUGAACACCACUGCAUCAAAAAUCGUCAGUCAUCAAUAGCUGAUAUAACCACAUGACCAAGGGAUUACUUUGGCAAACCUUUAUCGAGCAUUUUCACAAAUGCCACUUAAAACUUUACUUGUUAACCAUAUCCAGAUUUUUGGAAGAAAUGGCUUCGGACCAAAGCAAAAAGACCAAUCCGACUGUUAUCAGCAACAAGUCCAACAGCCAGGGUCUGUCAUAGUAUGGGGUUGUGUAACUGCCCUUGGCAAUUUUUUCAACAAGACAGUGCAAAACCACAUGCUGCACACAUCACAAAGGCAUGUGGACGAUGAGGGUAUGGAUACUGGAAUGGCCUUCCUGCAGUCCCAAAAUAUCUUGGGUUCAUACUUUUUAUUUCUAUGCACAGUUUGUGUUAAAUUACACAAUAACCUUGUUUGUUGCUGUCCACUGCACAUUUUCUGUAAGUAACCCAAUUACAUUUGUGUUUAGGUUGAUUAAAAUGAACUCGAUGUGAA